AUGUCUGCCGAGGAGGAUCUCAUCGACUACUCCGACGAGGAGCUUAACACUAACGAGGCUGCCGCCCCCGCCGCCAACGGCAAGAAGGGCGACCUUGCCGGCGCUGGCAACAACGUCGACAAGAAGGGCAGCUAUGUCGGUAUUCACUCGACUGGUUUCCGCGACUUCCUUCUGAAGCCCGAGCUUCUUCGCGCUAUCGGCGACUGCGGAUUCGAGCAUCCUUCGGAGGUCCAGCAGACCUGCAUCCCUCAGGCUAUGCUUGGUGGAGACAUCAUCUGCCAGGCCAAGUCGGGUCUCGGAAAGACUGCUGUCUUCGUCCUCACGACUCUGCAGCAGGUAGAGCCCGUUGCUGGCGAAUGCUCGGUCCUGGUCAUGUGCCACACCCGUGAGCUGGCGUUCCAGAUCCGCAACGAGUACAACCGCUUUUCCAAGUACAUGCCAGACAUCAAGACUGGUGUCUUCUACGGUGGUACCCCUAUCCAGAAGGAUGCCGAAGUCCUGAAGAACAAGGACACUCACCCCCACAUCAUCGUCGGUACUCCCGGACGUCUUAACGCGCUCGUCCGGGACAAGUAUCUCCGCCUUGGCAGCGUCCGCAUCUUCGUUCUGGACGAGUGCGACAAGAUGCUUGACCAGAUUGAUAUGCGACGUGAUGUCCAGGAGAUUUUCCGUGCCACUCCCACUCAGAAGCAGGUGAUGAUGUUCUCCGCGACGCUGUCGGACGAGAUCAAGCCCAUCUGCCGGAAGUUCAUGCAGAAUCCCACCGAGCACUACGUCGACGAGGACACCAAGUUGACGCUGCACGGUCUUCAGCAGUACUACAUCCCGCUUGAGGAGCGCGAGAAGAACCGCAAGCUCAACGAGCUGCUUGAUGAGCUUCAGUUUAACCAGGUCAUCAUCUUCGUCAAGAGCACGCUGCGUGCCACCGAGCUCGACAAGCUCCUUCGGGAGUGCAACUUCCCUUCCAUCGCCGUGCACUCGGGCGUGAGCCAAGAGGAGCGCAUUCGACGCUACAAGGAGUUCAAGGAGUUCAACAAGCGUAUUUGCGUUGCUACCGAUGUUUUCGGCCGUGGUAUCGAUAUCGAGCGUAUCAACCUGGCCAUCAACUACGAUCUCCCUGCGGACGCUGAUUCCUACCUCCAUCGUGUCGGUCGUGCUGGCCGCUUUGGUACCAAGGGUCUUGCGAUUUCGUUUGUGAGCAACGAUCAGGACAAGGAGGUCCUCAAGUCCAUUGAGAAGCGCUUCGAGGUUGCCCUUCCUGAGUUUCCCAAGGAGGGCAUCGAUGCCAGCACUUACAUGGCUUCGUAA